CAUGUUCUUAUAGAAAAGGGUAACUCGGCCCGGUGGGAUUUCUGGGGACUCUCCUUUCUUCUUGGCGAUUGUAGCAACUGCCACGUGCCAGACUCUAGCACCCUUCUCUGUUCCCCUCCCCCAGGUGUGCUGGAAGAUGGACUGUCUGCCAAUGGUGUGCCCCGAUCUGCAGCCCCAGAUGGAAUAUCCAACCCCGAGAAGAAGAUGAGCUGUGGCACCCAGUGUCCCCAUCCUCAGGGCCUCGGCUCGGGCACUCUGACCCAGAAACACAACGGCCUCCGGACCACCGAGGCUAAAAGAGAUGCUAAGCGAAUGCCUGCAAAAGAAGUCACCAUUAACGUGACAGAGAGCAUCCGACAGGUGGACAGAAGUCGAAGAAUCGCAAAGAACUGCGUCAACUAGAAGGGCAGCUGGACUUGCUGGCGCCCUUGCAUGCUGGAUCCCCCAAGGAGCCCUGACGACGUGGGCGCCCUGUGCUGACCGUGAGCGCCGCUGAGGGCCUCGAGGGACCGUCUCACCCGGCAGCUGCCAGCUGCCUGAGCUGCUGGGACGCUCCCAGCCUCCUGUUUUUGACGUAAAUGCAUUGGCAUAGUACUCACACGUGGUAAUAAAGUGCACAUGAGCCGUUCGGCUUGCUGUUGGCAAUGUCUGCACUUAGGCCUGGCUUAGAAGGCCGGAGUGAAGGCCACGGGCCGGUUCAUGAAGCAGGGAAAGCCGAAGGGUGGGCCGGGAGCGAGAGAGUCACUGUCAGCUCGACGCCGUCCUGGCCGCGGUCAUGGGCGCCGCUUCAGGCAGGCUUGCUCUUUGAGUCUUUCUUUUUGGAUGCCACCAUCACAGAGCUUACCGUGUUCCAUUAAAAGUUGGCUCGCACCCAGCUUGAAGCCCAGAUAUACGAGAAGUCAAGAAACAGGACGACAACUUGUUCUGUUUCCUGAGCUCAGACCAACCCCACCAAAACCCGUGGCAUGUCUUAGGGAGGCCUCUAGGAUGCAGUCACAUUUCUCGUCUGCCUUCAGUGUCAUCCCCCCCACGCCUUUGACCCACAAUAUCACAGUCACGGUUGGUACAUCCAGCCGAGGACUCCCUGAGGGCUCAGCCAGACGCUGCAUUUUUCAUAGCUUCCCAGUUCCCUUCGCUUGUGUUCUCGAGUGUGUUCUCUCUCACUCAGAUAAUUUGCAAUUGGCGUUCAAAGAGCGGGAGGUGAUCCAGACACGUUGCUGCCCACGCGGCUCCCCUGCCCGCUCUGCGCGCAGCCCCGGGACUGUGCCCUGCCGUCUGCAAAGGAACCGCUUUAGAGUCAGUACCUGGCGGACGUGCGUUCGCAUUGACAUUGGAUUGACAUACACACGUUAGAAAUCAGGUAGCUGAUGCAGCAAAAAAAAGGUUUUUAUAGGAAUGACGUUUUCUAGCAUUUCUUUAAACGUGGUAAGGUGGAAAUAUUUUCCUCCAAAGUCAUGUAGCAGGGGCUUGGGAAAGAUAGGACUAUAGUUGUACCAAAUGAUACCAAUAAACGCCACGUGUAGCAGAAGCAGGGAGCCUGAUGGUGUGUGCUUAGGUAACAGCCUGGAGAAUUGACAUCGGCUGGUUACAAUCCGAUUUUCAGUCUCCUUUCCUGCCAACUGUUAUUCCUCAAAUACAAGUGGGCAGCCUCCCUCCCUCCCUCCCUUCAGUAGACUGUAUAUUUAUUCAUUAAACAUUAAAUGCCAAUCCUGUGUCAGGCACCAUGCAAAUGCCGAGAGAGCUGGAGUCUGGCCAGUCACCACUGUGUCCUGAAUCAGACAGUGGACUUAACAGCCAGGAAACUGACUGAGACCCUGAGGUCCAGUGUGCUGUGAAUUGCCCUGCGGUGGAAUCUCACUUUUAUAUUCAGAACAGGUUUCUGUCUUAAACUCUGGGUGUCCUCCCGAUCCCUCUACAAGACUUUGACCACACAUGAAACUACAGUUUCCCCAAACCUCUAUCAUUUUCUGAUUCUUCGAGAAAGGGCUUUUCGGCAACUUCAUGUUUUGAAAUUUUAAAUAAUAGUAAUAAUAAUAAAAGCAAGACCUGUGACUCCUACGUCCCCACUGGCAUUACUCAGCAGGAGCCCCCAACUGCCACCGGUUGGCGCUGCUCCUGCAGGUUUAAGGGCUCACUCUCCCAGGGCACGCGCACCGUGUUUUUGUGUAGGGGGUUCCUUCGCUAGUCACUGCUGUGGGCCACAGGCUAAGCCUAGUUUCUCUUUACAAGCUUGUUUUUCCUCACUUGGCUGCUACAUGUUGUUUGGGAUUUAUCAACUUGAGAGGGUGUCUCUGUUUUAUAUAGAAACAGUUUCUCACUUCUCGGGGAGAAGGGAGUAAAGGAUAUACAUGAUCUUGCCCCCUUGCAGAACAGUCUGGAUUUCACCAAGACAGUGAUCAGAAGUUAAACAAUAUUACUGGAAGUUUAUCUGACUUUUUUUUUUUAAUGUGUAUGUGAUAUAGGAACUGAUUCUUACUUUCCUAUUAGUAUAACACUUUCUAUUGCAAAGUUUGUGUCAAUAAAGUCAUCAAUUUCAAACCAA